CCUGCAACGCCUUCGUUCAGAUGACCUGCCCUGGCGUUCUUGGCCUGCCGCGUUUCUCUUGCUUGGAGUGACACGUCAGAUCUUGCGGCGCGUGCAAGGGAACCGGCCUGUUCCAACCCCCGUCGGGGCGGGGGAGAGGCGUGUGCGGACUAUGAGUACGGUGCUGACAGACGUGAUAAUUCUGGAAACUAUGGACAUACUCUUUAGAAUAAGAGGAGGCCUGGAUCUUGCAUUUCAGCUGGAUACUACUGAUGAGACUUCGGCGAAAAAGGCAGUAAAAUACAUUUUCAAUGAUCUGUCGACCAAACUGUCUUCCAAUGUGCUGGUAUUAAGAAUUUGCCAUAGUUCAGUGUAUGUAUGGCCUAACAGCAGUAUGAACACAGUUCCAUCAGAACUGACUGAUAAUUCUGUUUGUAAGGAGAUAAUACGAUUUAUUCAAUUUGACCAAGAAGAUGAGACUAAAAGAAAACUUGCAAAAAAGAAGGAUAAAAAGUUCCAAGAUACGCAGCAGAUAGUAAAUGUAGACCUUAUGUUGGAAAUGACAUCUCCUUUGGCAGCUGUAGCCCCAGUCAUUGAAAGGGAAAACAAGAGACACCACUAUGUUAACAUGACCUUACCAAUUGAUGUUGUUGUAUCUGUUUCUCCAGAAGAGCCAUGGAGGAAUGUACGAAAUCUCCUGGUGAAUGCAAUUCAUAAGCAACUAUCUGAUAUGGAAAGAUGCAUUUUGAAAUAUAUGAAAGGAACAUCUAUUGUGGUACCUGAACAAUUUCACUUCAUGCUACCAGGAAAAAAGCACCUUGUAACAAUUUCAUAUCCUACAGGCAUUUUAGAUAAUCAGCUAGAGACUUACAGAAAGGAAUUACAUGAACUGUUCCAUCUGCCCUCUGAUAGACCAUAUUUAAGAAGAGCGAAUGCUUAUCGCUUUCCAGAUGAACCAUGUAAAGAUGGAUAUCUCAGAAAUCCACACAUAUUUCUCAAUCCACCUGGCAUAGAGGCCGGCAUGGUGUAUUUGGUACAUGGUGUAUAUAGUUAUCAUCACUAUAUGCAGGAUCGGAUAGAUGAUAAUGGCUGGGGAUGUGCCUACCGGUCUCUGCAGACUAUCUGUUCAUGGUUCAAACAUCAGGGUUACACAGAGAAAUCUAUACCUACACACAAGGAGAUUCAACAGGCACUUGUUGAUGUUGAAGACAAACCAGCUGCAUUUGUUGGGUCGCGGCAGUGGAUUGGCUCUAUUGAGGUACAACUUGUAUUGAACCGGUUAUUAGGAAUAACUUCAAAAAUACUGUUUGUCAGCCAGGGUUCUGAGCUAGCUUCUCAGGGAAGAGAACUUGCUAAUCAUUUCAAGACUGAAGGAACUCCAGUUAUGAUUGGUGGAGGUGUUCUCGCUCACACAAUACUAGGAGUGGCAUGGAAUGAGGUUACAGGACACAUUAAAUUUCUUAUUCUAGACCCACAUUACACUGGUGCAGAAGAUCUGCAUGUUAUCUUGGAAAAGUAAGAAGGAAUACUCUUUACGUGCCUUGGGACUGAAUAUCCCUGAUGCCACCACCUUGUGUCUAGUACAGAGUUGUUUAUAUCUGGUUAUAUACAUGUUAAUAUCAAAAUUUUAGAGUUUCCAUGAAAUUAGGUAAAUAUCUUGUGUACUGAUAUAGACCAAAGCUGUCAGGAUCCCUUUAAAAGGAAUACAUGCAAAUUUUGGGGAUACAUUUGGGCUCUGUGUCUAUAGUUUGGAAGAUAAACCAUGCAAUUCCAUCUUCCUGAAUCUGCAGAUAGAUGGCUCCAGUUCCUCUGCUUUGCUCAUAGUAAAGCCAAGCAGUAGCAGAGUGUAAUUAAUAAGGCUUGUCAGGUUCUAUUUAUCCUAUAGGAAGAUAUGAAAUUGAGGACAGUGAAUUGUAUCAGUUUCAUUCUGCCAGCUGCUCCAGGAAAGUCAGCAGCAGGAGGGGUAGAAAUUUGAACUAUUCAGAGAGGAAGGAUAUCUCAUAAUAAAAAAUUGUGAGGUUCUAGGAAUGGCAUAGUUGCAGAAUACCAGAUACCAAGGCAGCAGUAGGUUCUGAGAUUGGGAAGACAGAGCUCCUUCUUAACAGCCAGGCAGGAGGAAAGCAGCUUCAGAUUUAUCACAUCUACUAAACCUGGGCUGAUUUUGACUGGUGGGAAAGCACGUUGGUAUGAAUUCCAUCCAGCAUGCUCUCCCUUCCCAGUAGAUGAGGUUGGAUAUUGUCCUUGAACUAUUCUGGUAGCCCUUUUACUUUUGCAUCUGCCUCAGAUUAGUAUGGUAGGUUUCUGGUAAUUUUUCAAGUCCUAAGACUGGUCUAGUCAUAUCAAUAGAACUCUACAGUUAAUUGAAACUUCACAUACUCUUAUAACUUGUCAAUUUCUGAAGAAAUUUACAAAUGCACUCAACUUUGAGCACCUGAGCAGUCUCACUGAUUUGAAUAAAACUAUUAAUGUGAUAAAUAUAAGCAUGUGCAUAAAUGUUUGCAGAAUUGGGGUCUAAAUUGGGACACUGUAAAGUUCCAAGAACACACCCUAAGUGUAUGCACUAUUUUGUAAAACGUAGACUUCACACUGUAUUUUUAUAAUUGAUGUGAUUAAGAAUAAAAACACUACAAAACAUAAGGCAGAAGAUAAAAUUGAAGUCUAAUAGCAAUGUUAACAGCAUAAUUUCUAGCUGUUUGAGUCAAAAAA